AUGAACGUCAAUAAGAAGCUCGGCAGGUUCAAGCAAUGGGCGGGGGAAAGAAUGGGUGGUGAGGUCAAGACAAGCGUCUCGGACGACUUUAAAUCGCUGGAGGUAGAGAUGGGCCUGAGGCAAGAAGGCAUGGAGCGCCUUCAACGAUCAAUGACAGCCUACGUCAAAACGUUAUCAAAACGCCAAGAGGGGGACGAUAAGGAGAAGAUCCUACCAGUUGCUUACCUGGGUUCGACAAUGGUCAAUCAUGGCGAGGAUUUUGAGGACGAUUCAGAGUUUGGCCAAUGCCUCAUGAGCAUGGGCAGGACGAAUGAAAGGAUUGGUCGCAUUCAAGAGACCUACGUUGCAAAUGCGACUACAAGCUGGCUUGAGUCGCUCGAGAGAUCCCUCGCACAGAUGAAGGAAUACCAAUCUGCACGAAAGAAGUUGGAGAGCCGUCGACUAGCCUACGAUGCAUCCUUAGCUAAGAUGCAGAAAGCGAAGAAAGAGGACUUCAAAGUGGAAGAAGAGCUGCGGUCACAGAAAGCCAAAUACGAAGAAACCAGCGAGGACGUUUACCGCCGGAUGCAGGACAUCAAAGAGGCAGAGGUCGACAGCGUUGCUGACCUCGGAUCAUUCGUGGAUGCCGAGCUCAAGUAUUACGACCGCUGUCGCGAUGUAUUAAUGCAGCUGAAGCAAAAUUGGCCUGCAGGAAAAACCGAAGCUGAUGGUGGAGACAACCGCCGGGAGUCUCGAUCACGUUCCAAUACCGCACAUGCGUACGGGGACAGAUACAAUCCAAUAGAAGAAGAGCCUCUCCCCGUGGUGGAGAAUCGGCCAGCCAUUCGCUCUACACGCGCAGCAUCUUCUUAUGUUCCUUCUGUCGAGUCUCCUCGAAAAGAAGUGAACGGGUACGAACAUAGCUCCGCCCGGCCUGGCGUGAACCGCGCAACAACUUUCGAAGGUCCAACACAGCUCUAUCGGGAUGCUUCGCCUCCACGGCGAAUGUCACGGGUUCCAAGUAAUAACUUUACUGUUCGAAACCAGCGGGCACAGCUGCGGCCUUUAUCUACUAUCAGCCCAGAGAACGAUCUUUUCAGUGAUCCUUCCGACGAGUCUAAUUUCAACAGCAACAGCAGUCCUGAUCGGUCGUACAAGGAGAGGUCUGCCUCGCCCGCUACUUCACACGGCAGCGCCGCGCCAUCCCGUAGUACGAGCUACUCUACACUGACAUCAGCUCCGAAUGGUAAGAAGCAAGCACCACCGCCUCCGCCGUCGAGAGCAAAGAAACCACCGCCUCCUCCACCGCCGAUGAAACGAAGCGCGCUCAGUACUACUAACGUCUCAUACGCAUGA